UGACAACACAAGUGCCAAAUAAAUUCCUAAAAAAUUGUGCGAGCGGUAGUGUAGGGAAAAGCAAGGGGAACAAGAUAGAAAUUAUGAGAAAAUGCCUCCAUUUUGUUUAUUUUCCAAAGUGAAAAGUUCAGUGUCGGCAUUUGGAUAUUAAGCCAUUGUCCCAUUUAAAUAGAAAAAUAAAACUUCGUCCAGGUGCCAGUAAAAUAGCAUCGUCUAUCAUCUAUGUUUCUCGUUCAGCCGUUCCCUCGUGCAGAGGGUGUAAAAAAUCGCAGACAUUGGGCGCAUCGCGAGUAAGCACUUCGUCAAAUUGACUAACCCCUCCGGCGGGACGAAAAACAAUAAUAAUUCCUGUAACGGCAACAAUACAGGCUCCGGCUACCGUGUAGUCUCGGCCGACAAACAUCAGUCGACAUUAUUGAACGCAACGAGAAAGGGUAAAAGUGCAGUUUUCAACAAAGACAAGACUGCGCCCCUCGCUCCAUCGACUCCCCCGAUAAUGAAUCACGUGAGUGGACAACAGAGAAAAACCGAGGACAAUAAUCCUCUGCAGAAUCAGCACCUGAAUUCGGACGUGGAAGAAAUGGACACUCAAGAAGUCAAUUAUAUGGAUUACAUCACUGACACAGGCGGCGGUGAAAUGGAUCAAACUCAAAACGGCGAAGUGUUCAUAGGCCCUCAAAUGGACCCAAACAUGGCUAUUCAAGAUGCUGACAUGGAAGAAGAUGAAGCUCGCAGUGAAGCCACUUUCAGAUUUACCGUUCAAAAUUUUAGUAAGCUCAAGGACUCUAUAUUGUCUCCAGCAACGUUUGUCCGCAAUCUGCCAUGGAAAAUAAUGGUCAUGCCUCGCAGCAGCCACAGCCAGGACAGGUCUCAGCAACGCUCUCUUGGCUUUUUCUUGCAGUGCAAUGGAGAGAGCGAAUCCAGUUCUUGGUCUUGCUACGCUAUUGCCGAAUUGCGUUUGUUGUCAGUCAGACCUGAUGUAGAGACGUUUUCCAGAAAGAUUCAGCAUCUGUUUUAUUCUAAGGAAAAUGAUUGGGGUUUCUCCCAUUUUAUGGCCUGGAACGACGUCCUGGAUCCAGAUAAAGGUUACCUCAAAGACGACUCCAUCACCCUUGAAGUGCACGUAGUGGCCGACGCUCCCCAUGGAGUUUCGUGGGACAGCAAAAAACAUACAGGUUAUGUGGGCUUGAAAAAUCAAGGCGCCACUUGCUACAUGAACUCCCUGCUCCAGACUUUGUAUUUUACGAAUCAGCUGAGAAGGGCGGUUUACAAGAUGCCCACCGAAUCUGACGAUUCGACUAAAUCGGUUGCUUUGGCCCUGCAAAGAGUUUUUCACGAGUUGCAGUUUUGCGAUAAACCUGUUGGCACUAAAAAGCUGACAAAAAGCUUUGGCUGGGAAACACUCGAUUCGUUUAUGCAGCACGAUGUACAGGAAUUUCUAAGGGUCCUUUUAGAUAAAUUGGAGAGUAAAAUGAAAGGCACCUGCGUAGAAGGAACAGUUCCUAAAUUAUUUGAAGGCAAAAUGCUCUCUUACAUUCGUUGCAAAAAUGUUGAUUAUUCUAGUACAAGGUCAGAGACAUUUUACGAUAUUCAAUUGAAUAUCAAAGGAAAGAAAAAUAUUUAUGAGUCAUUCAAAGAUUAUGUUGCUAAAGAGUCUUUGGAUGGAGACAAUAAAUAUGAUGCUGGCGAACAUGGGCUUCAAGAAGCUGAGAAAGGAGUGAUUUUUUCAUCGUUUCCUCCAGUAUUGCAUUUACACUUGAUGCGCUUUCAAUAUGACCCAGUUACAGAUUCGUCAGUCAAAUUUAACGAUAGGUUUGAAUUUUAUGAAAAAAUCGAGUUAGAUGAGUAUUUGCAAGAAAGAGACCCUAAUGAUCCAGCCAAUUAUACUUUACACGCCGUUUUAGUCCACAGUGGAGAUAAUCAUGGAGGGCAUUAUGUAGUAUUUAUUAAUCCAAGAGGUGAUGGAAAGUGGUGCAAAUUUGACGACGAUGUAGUGUCACGUUGCACCAAACUAGAAGCAAUUGAACACAAUUACGGAGGUCACGAUGAAGACAUCAACAUGAUGAAUGUCAAACAUUGUACUAAUGCCUACAUGUUAGUUUACAUAAGGGACUCCGAUUUACCAAAUGUACUACAAGAGGUAACAGAUGUUGAUAUUCCCAGUGAACUAGCGGAUAGAUUAGCUGAAGAGAAACGUAUGGAACAAGUGCGACGCAAGGAAAGAAAUGAAGCUCAUUUGUACAUGACAGUGCAGGUUCUACUAGAAGAUCAAUUCGAUGGGCACCAAGGCAAUGACUUAUAUGACCCAGAUCAAGCUCAAUUUCGCGUGUUUAAAAUUAAAAAGUUGGCGACAGUGGCUGAAAUGAUGGAAAUGUUGGCAGAUGCCUUCAAAUAUCCACCGGAACAGAUCAGGCCUUGGCCAUUUUCUCAUCGCUCUAAUAAUACCAAUCGUCCCAUAGUUUUGGAUCUAGAAGCUGACCUGCACAAGACAGUUAUCGAUACUGCAGAAAUGGGUAAUCCUUGGAACAUAUUUUUGGAAUUGUUGCCUCCUGAUUCACCGUUAUCCAGUCUUCCAGCGUUUGACAAGGAAACUGAUGUGAUGCUCUUCUUUAAAAUGUACGAUCCCAAACAGAAAAAAAUACACUAUUGUGGUCACGCUUACAUCCCUGUAACCAGUAAACUUAGCGAUAUUAUUCCCAUGCUCAACGAAAGAGCUGGAUUUGCUCCAGACACUGAGCUGCAGCUCUAUGAAGAAAUCAGGCCUAAUAUGAUUGAAAGGAUAACUAAUUUAAGUGAACCAAUAGAAAAGAUUUUGGAAGAGUUGAUGGAUGGUGAUAUUAUUAUCUUUGAAAAAGAUGAAGGCGAUGUCAAUUCAGACUUACCCACUUGCGCAGAUUAUUAUAAGGAUCUCUUUCACCGUGUAGAAGUUACUUUUAUUGAUAAACUGAUACCAAAUGAUCAAGGUUUUACAAUGGAACUGUCCCAGAGGAUGACGUACGAUCAAUUCGCUAGGGCUGUGGCCCAAAGAGUAGGAACUGACCCAUAUUUACUACAAUUUUUCAAAUGUCAAAGCUAUAAAGACAGUCCAGGACACCCACUAAGAUGUACAUUUGAAGGAACACUGAAAGAUUUAUUAGUAUUCAGCAAACCUAAAUGUCCAAAAAAGAUUUUCUAUCAGCAGCUAAGCAUCAGGGUGAACGAAUUGGAAAACAAAAAGCAAUUUAAAUGUUACUACAUCGAUUGUAACAUGAAAGAAGAAAAAGAGUUGAUUUUGUAUCCUAACAAGAAUGGCGUGGUGGCUGAUUUAUUGGAAGAAGCCAGAAAACAGGUAGAAUUCAGUGAAAACACUUCCGGCAAGUUGCGAUUGACCGAGUUGAAUUGUAAUAAAUUAUUGAUGGGCCCCAAAGAGGAUACUCCUUUAGAUUCUUUGACGACUACAAAGUUUUAUAGAGUAGAGGAAGUUCCUAGGGAUGAAGUGAACGUGGCUGAUGAUGAAAUGUUAAUCUCAUGCGCCCAUUUCCACAAAGAAGUAUUUGCCACAUUUGGUAUUCCGUUCCUUAUAAAAAUUAAACAAGGGGAACAUUUCAGUAAAGUUAAAGAACGAAUACAGAAAAAAAUGGCAGUACCCGAAAAAGAAUUUGAAAAAUUCAAAUUCGCCAUCGUUUGUAUGGGCAGACCUCAAGCUAUAUCUGAAGACGAAUAUGUAGUUAACUUGAACGAUUUUAGACCUCUACCUACACAAGUUGGCAGUCCGAGGCCCUGGUUAGGUUUAGAUCACGUAAAUAAGGCCCCCAAACGAACUCGAUUCAAUUAUCUGGAGAAGGCCAUCAAAAUAUACAACUGAUAUUAAUAAUUUAGACUGAGAAGGAGCGAGCCUACUACAACUCUCAAAACAACAGGCCAACUCGUUUUUGCAGUGUUGCCAAUCCUCUAGUAAUUUGAGUCAGGAUUUUAAAUUAAAAAAAAAAAAAACAUAAGGAAUUCGUUUGGUGUGGGUGAUAGACAAAACUAGCUUAGACACACUUAGACGAAGCUACUUUUGUUAUGCUCCAUAACGUUUAGGGUGUGAAAUAAUUAAAUAUGUCGCUUAUUCUCAUAAAUAAUUAAUCAAUUUAAUGUUAUUUUCGUAUGACGUUUGAACCAGGAAACUUUGAAGUUUUUAACACCUAUACCUGUACAUAUUAAUAUUUAUUAUUAAUUGGGCCAUAGAAUGGGGUGGCCCGCAAAAAUAUAUAUUUACGGAAAUAUUCACCUGUUAUAUUAUUGUUUAAUUUUUUUAUUAUAAACCUUAUACAUAUUAAUUUUAGUAUUCGUUCUUGUUUUUUUUUUUUUUUUUAACUUCAUGGUUUACUUUACACACCAAAUUUGUAACUUAACUCAAAAUAGUGCUUCAGUGUUAGUGAUUUUUGUCAUUACUCUAAGAAGUUUUUCUCAAAAUUCUUUAUUUGCAUGAUUUCUCUUGGGAGGUAAUAAAUUAUUUGUUAAGUUAGUUCAAAUAUUUAGGCAAUCAAAAUUCAGCAGUUUCUUUUUUUAUUUGUAUAAAUUGUUUCAGUUAUAAGUUAUUUUGUAUUUAUUUCGAUCACUGGAUGUGUAUGUUUAGUUAAUUCUUAUUCGUUGACUUUAAACAUAAAGAUUAGGUAGUGUUUGCAAUACUUUUUUCUCGCUUUAUAUUGUUUUUUUUUAUGUAAAAAGACUUCACUAAUAAAUAUAUUAAAAUUUAA